AUGGAGUCUAUUGUCUACGAAACGCAACCUCUCCUCAGGGGUAUGGUAGUUGGAACUAUCAUGCUGCUCUGCUACCGAUAUGGACUUGCGCUCUCGAUUCUCCAACUAUACUUGAACUUUAUGUACCGCAUCACCAAUGAGAAAGGGAAACCGCUACGUGGCCCAGAGUUCAGCUGGCCCGAUGGCCAAACCGUUGAGAAGUUCCUGCAAGGAGGUCAGAAAAGCUUCUCAUGGCAGGCAUACGGUCCCUUGUAUCGUAUCUGGACAGUGUUUCGACCUGAAGUGGUCAUUACGCGACCAGAGGAUGUCAAAGCAUUCUUCUUCGACUCGCAUACCCACCAAAAGGCGGCCUCGAGUAACGCCGGCUGGCUCUUCUCACAAAUCCUGGGAGACUGCCUUGGUCUGAUCAAUGGCGAGCGAUGGUCCCGAGUGCGCCAUGCAUUCGACCCCUUUUUCACACGCAAGAUCUCAGCACAACGACUACCUCACAUCAUGGCGGCUGGAGAAGGCUAUGUAAACGAGGUACAUCAAUACGAUCUUGGAGGAAAACAGGCUGCUUCAACAAUCAAUCUAAACGCAGUCGAUGCUUUUCAGAGAUUUCCCUUCUUCUAUGUGGCGGAAAUCAUCUACGGUCCACUGGGAAUUACUGAACGCGUAGAAUUAUGGAAGUUGGCAGAAACUCACACGAAUAUCUUCAGACGCCUGGUCCAAGGCGGAAUCCAUCGGUACAAGGCAACAAAGUUUCUAUCCACAUCGGCGUACAAGGAGACUGCACAUUUUGUCGCAGCAUGGCGCCAGUUCACCCUAGAGCUGGCACAGAAACAACUUCGCGAGGGGCGGACAUCACCAUUGACGGAUUUGAUGGCCGAAGUAGAAGAUGGCAAGGUAACCUUGAACGAGGUCCUCCACACGAUCGACGAAUCUCUUUUUGCAAACUUGGACGUCACGACCCAUGUAUUGACAUGGGCUAUCGUACUAUUGGGCAACCACCCCGAUGUCCAGGAAUUGGUGCGCUCCGAAAUCAAAGCAAACACAAAUGACCUCGAGACAUACAUGAAUCGGAAGGACACGCUUCUACAUUAUUCACUUCUUGAAAGUCUGCGCGUGCGUCCUCUACUAGCUUUUACGAUACCGGAAAGUGCCCAGGAAGACAAGGUUCUGAGCGGCUACAGGGUGCCCAAGAACACAGACAUACGGUACAACCUUUCGACUUUUGGCUUUGGCCCGAGGAAAUGUCUCGGCCAACACAUGGCGGAGAAUAUGAUCAAGGCUAUCCUUGUGCCUCUGCUGAGGCAGUUCCGGUUUAAGCUACUAGCGGAUCAGUAUAAGAAUGGGGAGUAUAAGGUCGAUAAGACGAAUUGGGUAACCUUGUCCGAUGUCAAUCUCGAGAUGGAAAGGAUUCCGUCAGGAGGCUCGUAG